AUGGGUGAGCCUGUGUAUUCAUGGAUGAGUUGUAGGACCUCUCGCUGUGUGGGGGUCAUUGAGGGCUCCCCAGAACCCAUCAAAGCCUUGGGUCUACUGAGGGGUGGCAGCACGGGCAUCGGGGGCUUUGCCAGGGUCACAGCCCUGGACAGCCACUUCCCACAGCCGCAUGGCUCUGGUCGGGGUCAGAUUCUGCAGCAUGGCCGUUCACUCCCGUGUAGGGCCCUGCUCCAUCUGCAGCCCAGCCCAGCUCGCUCCGCUGGGACGUGGCCCUGGGCAGUGCUGGGCUGUGGGCUGUCAGUGCCGGUCCUGGGGGCUGUGUUCCUAGUCCCCUGUGGUUCCCCUGACAGUGGCGGAGCCACAGGCAAUAGCACGAAGCUGGCCUCGCCACCGCAAAUCUCCCGAGUGAACGGCUGUUCACCGCCUAGGAACGCCUUCCAGAUAGUGUCCUGGACCGUCUUCCUGACCCUGUCCUUGGCCAUCUUCGGGAUCUUCAUUCCCUUCCUGUGUCACGUGUGGAAAUACAUUGCCUACGUGGUGGCCGGGGGGGUUUUCUUUUUCCACCUCAUCUUUCACCUGAUCGCCUGCUGCAUCGACCCGGCUGACCCCAACGUGCGGCUCAAGAAGGAUUAUUCUCAGCCCAUGCCCAUCUUCGACAGAUCCAAACACGCACACGUGAUCCAGAACCAUUACUGCCACCUGUGCAAGGUCACCGUGACCAAGAAAGCCAAGCACUGCAUCGCCUGCAACAAGUGUGUGUCAGGCUUUGACCACCACUGCAAAUUGCUCAACAACUGCGUGGGGAGCCGGAACUACUGGUUCUUCUUCAGCACAGUGGCCUCGGCCGUAGCUGGCCUGCUCUGCGUGAUCGCCAUCCUGCUGUACGUCCUCAUCCAGUACAUCCUGAACCCCUGGGUGCUCCGCACAGACCCCAAGUAUGCAGAUGUCAGGAGUGCGAACACGUGGCUGCUGUUCCUCCCGCUGUUCCCGGUGAAGGUGACGACUCAGAUGGUCGUGGUCAUCGGGGCAGCCGUGUUCCUGCUGGACCUGCUUGGCUUGCUCCUGCUAGGGCAGCUGCUCCUGUUCCACAUCUACCUGAAGGUCAAGAAGAUGACCACCCUUGAUUAUCUCUCUCAGACCCGUGAAGAGGAAGAGAGGUCAAAAUGCCAAGCAGAGAGGAAAGGUCCAUCCGUGCAAAUGGGGGAAGGAUUUCUCCAGGUACCACCUGUCCCUGCUCCAUUUGUCAAGGCCUGGGACAAUGUCCACGUUGCUCUGUGGCUGGGAGCUCUCAGCCACACUCCUGUGCUUCAGUGCUGGUGCGGCCCGUGGACUCUGCUGUGAGUGUGUCUGUGUGUGUGAAGCUGUGUGCAUGACGUGUCUUUGUGAACAUAAAUACCCAACAUGCACAGAUGACUUCCCAGUGCAGAAAUAAUAAUGGAACUGAGUUUCUUAAACAUUUCUAUAGUUCAUUAUCAAUCUUCUAAGGUUGAAGUAUGCUUUUUUUUUCU